CCUGAUGACGAAGCUAACAGGCAACACAGUACUGAUAAAGCUGCCUGGUGUCUUGAACUUCCCUUUCGCAUCCUCAACACUUUACACACAACAUCAUGUGUCUCCGUCUCUCCCGAGUGCAUUAGCACCUUCAACGAGCUCAAGCUCGGCAAGGAUAUCAAGUGGAUCAUCUACAAGAUCAGCGAUGACUGGAAGGAGAUCGUCGUCGAAGAGACUUCCAAGGAGGCCAACUUUGACGUAUUCCGCGAGAAGCUUCUCAACGCCAAGAGCAAGGACCGCAAGGGUAAAGAGGGCAUUGGCGGUCGCUAUGCCGUCUUCGAUGUUGAAUACGACCUUGAUAGUGGUGAGGGAUCAAGGAGCAAGAUCACCUUUAUUAGCUGGACGCCCGAUGAUGCGCCACAAUACCCCCGCAUGAUGUACUCAUCUUCCAAGGAAGCCAUCAAGCGCUCUCUCAACGGUCUCGCUGCCGACAUCCAAGCCAACGACGCCGACGACCUCGAGUUUGAGAACAUCAAGAGCCGUGUCUCCAAGGGCCGUUAA